AUUAUAAUAUAUAUAUUAUAUUAUAUAAUAUAAUAUAACCAUACUCCCCAAUUCAUGUAUUUUAUUGUUAUUAUCCACAUUAUUAUGUGCUUCUCCUUUCUCUCUCUCUCUCCUCAGUCCCCUCUUAUUAUGCUUAAACCUUAAUCCUCUCUCUCUCUCUCUAUUCACUUAUUCGCUCCUCUUGUUCUCUACUCCCUUAUUCCGACCGGUCUCAUUAAAGCGAACCGAAGCGGAGCGAACCAUGCGAGCCGGACCGGUUCGGACCGGGCGGCAGGCGCAGACCGGGGCCGCGGAGAACCGGGCCCGGCGCCGCCCCGACCUCUCCCUCCCCCUCCCCGUCCGCGACUCCUCCUCCGUCGCCGUCCCCCUCCCUCUUCCUCUUCCUCUUCCUCCUCCUCCCCCUCUCCCCUCCUCCUCCUCCUCCUCCUCCUCCGCNGCGCUAAGGCGGCUCGUGGACCGCCCGCUGCAGCCGCUCGUCGCCGAGCCUGCGCUACGCCGCGGGGAGCUCCCUCGGGGGCAGGUACAUGAGCUCGUCCUAGAGCUAGAGGGGGCGCGCCAGCGUGUACCGCACCGUGGCGUGGUGGCGCCCCAGCAGGCACCGCGCGUCCUAGAGCUAGAGCGCCGCCUACGCCUCGGCGUGGCGCAGCAGCACGCAGGGCACCUCGUGGAAGUCGCGCAUCUCGUCGGGGCUCCCGGCCACGGCGUGGUAGGAGGAGAAGCAGAAGCAGAAGAAGAAUACCUCCACGGGCGCCGCAUCGUCCACCGCGACAUCAAGCCCUCGAACCUCCUCGUCGACGCCGCCGCGCGCCGCGUCAAGAUCGCGGAUUUCGGGGUGGGGCGCAUCCUCGCGCAGACCCUGGACCCGACCUGCAACUCCGCCGUGGGCACCGUCGCGUACAUGAGCCCCGAGCGCAUCAACACGGAGCUCAACGACGGCAACUACGACGGCUACGCCGGCGACAUCUGGAGCUUCGGCCUCAGCAUCCUCGAGUUCUACUUGGGGGCUUUCCCCUUCGGGGACGGCCUCGGGAGGAGGGGGGAUUGGGCCUCGCUCAUGUGCGCCAUUUGCUACGCCGACCCCCCCCAGGCCCCGCCCACCGCCUCCCGCGAGCUCCGGAGCUUCGUCGGCUCCUGCCUCCAGAAGGAGCCCUCGCGCCGCCCCACCGCCGCACAGCUCCUGCAGCACCCCUUCAUCACGCAAUACUACGGUUCUCGCAACGCCGCCGCCGCCACCUCCUCUUCAUCGUCGUCAUCGUCAUCUCGUUGGUGAUGGUAAUGAUGCAUACAUUCAAUUUGGUUACUACUUACUAACUAUGAAUGAAUAUAUCUGAUCCCCCUAUAGUAGUAAAAAGGCGCUCUUUUUAUAUCAAAUUCUUAGAAAGGAGAGAAAUUAAUGUCUUGUUGGCGGUAAAAAUCGGAUUUUUCCCAAUUAGGUUUAUGAAAAAGCAGUGUUUCUUUCCCUCCCUGUCACAACUCGACCCGCUGUGCCCAAAUCACUGGUCAAAAUAUUUAAGCCCAGUUAUUAUACUCUAUAUUCUAAUUAUAUAUACUUAAGUCCAGUUAUUAUUACUAAGCGUGUGAGGCCUCAUAUAUUCUACCCGCUAAUAAUAAAAACUCGUUAGGUUCAAACCACUCGCCCAAAAUACUUAAGUUCGGUUUUUAUUACUAGCGUGUAAGGCCUCAUUUUUUCAUUCAAUAGACUCUCACGCUUUCAAUUGGUAUUCGGUUCUGAUACCAAUUAUAACGAUCCAACCCGUUAGCAAUAAUAGCUCAUUGGGCCUAUACCACUGACCCAAAAAUGCUUAAGCCUAAUUAUUAUUACUAGCGUGUGAAGCCUCAAAUAUUCUAAUCUAAAUCAUUUUUCCAUCGAUGUGGAAAUGUUGGGGCGUUACAUUUUCAAUCAUUGUUUCCUUGUUUACCUUUAUUGUUUGAUGACGUAGUAAUGGUAUUAUGGGUUUCAAACCUUCAAAUUUGGGUUAGAAGUCACACGGGGGAUUAUUCUUUUCUUUUUUCCUUUUUUUGCUUAGAUUAAUGGAGGAAUGAGGAAGAGGUGGUUGAAAAGGAAGAAGAAAAUGAUGGUGUGCCUGUUCUUGGCUGUGUGCUAUAUUCUCUCCAAGGAUUAGAGUUGAUGAUGAUGAAAUUGGAAUCAAUCCCUUUUCUUUUCUUGCUCUCCUCUCUUUAUUCUUGUAUCAUCUUUUCUUACUAUUCUAAUCAAAUGUAUGGUUGGUUUUUGUUCUGGUUGUC